CCCGAUUCUACUGACACAACAGGGACCUUAAUUUCUUCACUAAGGCCCAGAACAGUUAUCGGACCCACAAACUUUGAGGAAACAACCCGUGAGGGUGCAAAAGUUUUAUUCCCAUGAAUUCCUCAGAAUUGAUAUUUCGGUACGCGACCUUCUUGUUUGAUCAGUUAACUGCAAUAUAUAGGUCAUUUGAUAUUUUAAGACAAUUUUCUCGGACCUGAUUGCAGUAUAAUAGAACAAAGGAAACACUCCUGUGCAGAUAAGAGAAAACUAAUGCAAUAGAUUGUCCGAUCUUACUUCAGAGAUCCUCAUUAUUCACAAGAUGGCGCUACGUCUCCUAGUGUAUCUGCUAAUCUUAACAUGCUUCACCAAAGUAAAGGGGGACAAGAUGGAGGAACCGGAAAUUGCUGGAAUGGUCCUCAAAUUAUCUAAAACCGUGGAAAAACUGGAAUCCAUUGUAGAGAAACUACAGAGGGACAAUGGGGACUUAAAGGGCGCCCUCGCAGAUCUGUCCACCAGACUGGAAGCUGAGACACAUCAAAGAAAGCUAAUCGAACACCGCCUUCUUGAAUGUGAAGGACGUCUGGAUUCAGUGGAACGACAUGCUGUUUUUGAUAAGUUUCCGACAGGACAGGGAAAUAAAAGUAGUUCUCAUGAUUUAAUUUUUCGAAAAAGAAAUACUCCAAAGAAUGUACAGAGGCGCAGACGACAGGGAAUUCGCUCCACCAAUGGCACCAUCGCUUUUUCUGCGUUCAUGUCCACCGGUUUGUCCCCCGGCCAUUUACGAACCUUGGUAUUUGAUGCUAUUUUCACCAAUGAGGGAAGCGGUUAUAACCAUCACAUGGGCAUAUUCACGGCUCCCCGCUCUGGACUCUACGUCUUCACGUGGACAAUACGAGGGUCGACAAGUUCAACGUACUUCAACACGCAGCUAGUGGUGAAUGGACUUAUAUACGGCUCGAUUUACACACGCUAUCACUAUUCGUCAUCAAGUUCGGGUACAUCAGUGGUGUACGUGGCUGAAGGCGCGGCGGUCUACGUCCGGACAGGUCCCACUGGGAACAGUGGGAGUAUAGUUAGCAGCUAUGAUGGAUACACAACAUUCUCGGGGUGGACAAUUGAUUAAAUGUUGUAAUUAACUAAUGUAAUUAUAGUAUGCUUUCAUUAAAACCGUGAAACGUC